AUGAGAAAGUCCGGAAUCACCCGCCCUACGCAAGUGGAGAGUUGGCGACUUUCGCUCUGCUUUUUAAACUGGCAAGACGCCAUCACCAGCACAUCACAUUGUCCUGGCGGCCAGAUCUACCCGACAGGAACCGUCGCAGCCCCGAAGCACGUGGUCUGUCAUGUUUAGCACAAAAAGCAGUGCCCUCAGGAGUUCACGCACUCCUCCAGCGCAGACAACGCCACUGCCUCCAACGCCCAAAAAGCCCUCGCCAUGGCGCCCACUAUGCUACAGGUGAAUAAAUUGGUAACAAAACUUAAGGCUCCAAAGAAACCUCGGACACCAAAAGCUCAUGGGCGCGGUCCGAGCACAGCAAGCACUGCAAGCCAAGGCUGUGCUCCAGCGGCCGCGUGUUGCUCUCAUUGUCGCAUCCGCAUCCCUCCCGAGUUGAGCACCUAA